AUGGACCCAAAGCCCGUCGAGCAGACUCCAGCGGCCGAGCUUGAAAAGCGCGAGGAAGCUGUCGCCGCUCCAGCAGCUCCUGAAGCUACCGACAAGCCAUCCGAAACCUCCGCGGUCAUAAACACCGAGAUUCCCGCCAAGGACGCUGCGCCCGAGGCAGAGGAACCCACCAAAGAGACUCAGGCUGAGGAGCAAGAGACCGCGAAGGAUGUCGCUGCCGCCCCAGAGCCCGCGGCCAAGCCAGAAGAACAGAAGCCCGAACAGCCCGCCUACCUGACCAAAAUCCCGGGCCUGAGUCAGUUCUUCGAGCAUCUGGCCCAAAUUCUCAGCAGCACCGGCUACAAUGAGAUGUGGGGCGUGACCCUCAAGGACAGCGAGGAUGUGCCUACUGUCAACGUGCUGAUUAAGUUCCUCCGCGCGAACGAGGGCAAUGUUCAGGGCGCAGAGGAUCAGCUGCGCAAGGCCCUGGAGUGGCGCAAGAAGACCGAUCCCCUUGCGUUGGCUCAGUCAGGUCGUUACAGUGCCAGCAAGUAUGGUGGUCUGGGAUACUUGACGACCUACGAGCAGGAUGGGCGCCCGCUUGUGUUUACCUGGAACAUCUACGGAGCUGUGAAGGAUGUGGGCUCUACAUUUGCCGAUUCGGACGAAUUCGUCAAGUGGCGCGCCGCCCUCAUGGAGCUGGCUGUGCAGGACCUGAAGAUGAAAGAUGCCACGGAAGUCAUUGACUACGACGGCGAGAAGGACCCUUACCAGAUGAUCCAGGUGCACGACUACCUGAAUGUCAAGUUCUUCCGCAUGGAUCCGUCCGUCCGCGCUGCCACUAAGAAGACCAUCGACGUCUUCUCCACUGCCUACCCCGAGCUGUUGCGCGAGAAGUUCUUCGUCAAUGUUCCCACCAUCAUGGGCUGGAUGUUCUCUGCCAUGAAGCUCAUUCUCAGUCGCAACACCACUCGCAAGUUCCAUCCGAUCACCAACGGUGUGAACCUCGCCCGUGAGUUCCCCGCUGUCAUCGCGGACAAGAUCCCCAAGACCUACGGUGGAAAGGGCCCAGAGCUGAAGGACGAGGCACGGACUGUCCAGCUAGUGGAGGAUAGUGUGCAGAAGGAGGAGGCGAAGGAUGAGAGCAAGCCUGUCGAUGCCUCUGGCGAGAGCACUGCUCCCGAGGUCCCCCCAAAGACUGAGGAGCCCAUUAAGGAGGAAGCCCCCAAGGAAGCACCCGCUGCUGAAGAGCCGCCUAAGGACGAGAUUGCCAAAGAAGAGCCCGAGGCUGCGACCGAGGAGGCCAAGUGA